AACACGAGGUGACGACGUCAUUAGAUCAUCUUCAGAAUCCGCGAUUUCGGUGACGCCCUUCUCAAUGGCCAUGUCGCGGGUGGUGAAGGUGAAGCUGCAGUUCGGCGUUGGUGUCGGAGAUGAUGGUGUUGAUCGCAUUCGCCGGAGUGUGGCGGAAGUGUUAACGUAAUCACGGGAUUGCGACGACUGCUGCUGCAAGGGAAACAACAAACACGCUCGACCGCCCAUUCGUUCCCGCCCUAGCACGCGCCCUGAUGCUAUCCUGAAACUCUCAACGCAGCAGACGACGACGAUAAUCACCUGUUCGGAGCUGCAGCGACACUCACCAUACUCCACAAGGGCCUUCGGCAACAUGGCCCUCAAUACAAGAAGAGCAGCCCUAGUGGCGCUUCUUUAUACCGCAGUAGUCAAGGCUCACGACCACGAUAUGGAUGCUAUCCCAGACGGCGAGGCUAUAUCACCUGACCCAAUCGACUCGAUACUAUGGACGCACAUCUUGAUCCAGUCCUUGGCAUGGGGCAUCAUCUUCCCCACUGGUAUGGUGUUGGGGAUAAUACGAUCUAAAUGGCACGUCCCUGUCCAGUCCAUAGGAACCGUCCUCGCAAUCAUCGGCUACUUCCUCGGCCACAGGCAUAAAGGCAGACAGUUCACCGAGAACAUCCAUGCCCAGUUCGUACCGGUCAUCAUGCUCAUGUUGGUAUCCCAAGUCGCCAUGGGCAUCUACCUGAAGCUACACCUUGAAAAGGGCAUAAACGGAAAGAUACGGCAUGUGGUAGUAAAGGCGCACGGCGUUGUCGGAAAGGCUAUGCCUGUGGUGACGUGGGUGCAAUUCCUCUUUGGAGGUAUCACUGCACUUGGCUUCUGCAGGGCGGACCACACCGGACAAUGUUUGGCACACUUCAUCAUGGGAAGCGCUUUCAUUGCAUACGGCAUAAUCCUCCUGAUCCUGCUUCUGGUCGGACAAAUGUGGCUGCGGAGGACUGGAAGGAGCCAGGAGUUUUUCGAUUCCCUCGUCAUUGCUGCGUGGGGCUGCGUCAACACAUUCACAGAACACCGCUGGGGAGGACCAUGGGUGCAUAAUGAUCUACAGCACACGUCAAUGGGCAUCGUCUGGUGGGCUGCGGGACUAGUCGGUGUCUGGCUGAGCCGAAAGCGCAAUGGACAACCGAAGCGAAACCUCAUUCCUGGUAUAAUCAUCCUGAUGACAGGCUGGGCUAUGUCCGCGCAUCCGCAACACCUCCCGAUUUCGACUAUGAUCCAUACCAUCUUUGGCUAUACCCUCAUGGCUGCAGGUGCCGCGCGCAUCAUCGAGAUCUCAUUCGUGCUCAAGGACCGAGCUUCCGUUGCGACUGACAGCUCAGACCCGAACAGCUUCCAAUACCUGACUCCGUUCUUAUUGAUGGCUGGAGGUUUCAUGUUUAUGGGUGCGACUGAAGAGCAGAUGAAGCUGCUUUCCGAUGCGAACGUCACGCAUGUGUCCUACGUUCUUAUUCUGUACAGCGUCGCUUUCUUGCUAUUCCUUUUCGUCAACAUGCUUAUCCAUCUUUACGCCGUGUACGCUUGGGGCCAAGAUGACAAGGCUGAUGCCGAAGCACCUCUUGCAAAUGGUCACGCGAACGGACAUAUCAAUGGUUACACCAGGGUCGACCGUAGAGUGAGAGAUGCUGAAGAGUUCGAAUUGGAAGGUCUCGACUCCGAUGAUGAGGAAGACGACUCACCGCGUAUGAAUAAGGAGCAUAGAUCUCUGGCUGCGCAGCAUUGAGCGCUUUACUUUUCUUAUUAAUAUAGACUUAGGCGUACAGGAGCAAUAUACAUAUAAUAUUCCCUA